AUGUUAAUUGAUAAAAUGUUGGCACGUUAUUCAUCUGAAUUUGUUGUUUAUCGAGAAUUAAUACAAAAUUCUGAUGAUGCUCAAUCAACAUCUUUUACACUUGAAAUAACUUGUGAUCUAUCUACAGCUACAAUAAAUUAUGAAACAAUAAAUAAAGAUGAUUUAUCAGUAAAUCAAAGAAGAAAAAAUUAUAUUUUAGAAGGUAUUGGACAAUUAUUUAAAAAUCAUUGGAAACCAAAUACAAUGAAUUCUACUAAUGAUGAUUCAUUAAAUAAUCAACAAUCAUAUGAAAAUGAUUUUAAUAAUUGUAUAAUAACAGAAAUUCGUACAAUAAAUAAUGGUAAUAUAUUUAAUGAAGAUGAUUGGAAACGUGUUAUAACGAUAGCUGAAGGAGAUACAAAUGUUGACGCUAUAGGACAAUUUGGUGUUGGAUUUUUUUCAGUUUUUUCUUAUUCUGAACGACCUAUAAUACAAUCUGGCAAACAUUGUUUAGCAUUUUCUUGGCAAAAUGGAAAAUCUUUAACAACAUUUCGUAAAGAAUUAUCUCAUGAACAACAAUCAUCUUUAACAUCAAUUAUACUUAAAAUGAAAAAUAAAUAUAUUUUAGAAACAAAAUCAAUAUUAGAUAUUAAUGAAAUAAAUAUUUUUCAAGUAAAUAAAAUAAAAGUACCAUUAACAUCAACAAAAUUAUCUUUAGUAGCAAAAAGACUUAAUUCAAAUAAUAUACAUAAUCAAAUAUUAAAAGAUUUAAUACCAUUAAAAUUUCAUAAUCUAGAAAUUCUUCCAGCUGGUCAAAUAUUUAUUGGUUUAGCAACACAUCAAACAACAGGUAUUGGCAUACAUUUAUUUAGUCAUUUAAUACCAACAAUUGAACGUGAAAAUAUUGAUUUACAAGAUCUAUAUAUAUCAAUUGGAAAAAUUAUUAGAUAUAUUUAUGAUCAACGUAUUCUCGAUGCUGUUAAUAAUAUUCAACAGGAUUCAAUUCAACAUCUCAAUUUAAUUCUUUCACCAUAUGCAUUUGAACCAUCAGUACCAAAUAAAGAAAUUGGUCGUAUUCUUCUUGAUGGAUUUUUUUCAUCGAGUGAAGAUAUUCUUGUACCAGUUAAACGAUUUCCACAUGAUAAUCAUCUUUCAUUGAUACCAUCGAUAGAAGCUUAUCUUAUAAAUUCUAAGCAUAUUCAAGCAUUUCUUCCUAUACCUCUUGUACCAUAUGAUAUAGGAAAAAAUAAUUUUUUUAAAGCUUUAAAAGAACGUCGGUGGAUUGAAGAAAUUGAUAAUGAAACAAUUAUAGGUAAAAUUCAUCAAUCUAUUUUUCUAUUUGAUGAAUUUAUUGAAUUACUUCAUUGGUUAUGUAAACAUGAUAUUAAUAAUAAUAAACCUGAUGUAAAACAUAUUCUUUCAAAAAUACAAUAUCAUGAAACACAUCAAUCACCUGUUAUUACAUUAGAAAAUAUUACAUAUUAUGAUUUUCUUAAUAUAUCAUCUCUUCCAUUACCACCAAGUGUAUUAUCAUCGAAUAUUGUUGGUCAUAUAUCUCGUGAAGAUUNAAUUUUAUCAUCGUUGUUAUAA